AUACAUGUACAACAAUUUAUAUUCGAUCUAUAUAUCAAAAUUAUUUCAUUCAAGUAUUUCAUAACUAUGUAAUUUAAUACCCCUGCACCGCUAAUAAUACCAUUUACCACUGACACCCGAUACAAUGGCUGAUGUCGAGGAAGGAGAAGCCUCUAGAGACAUUGAGGACGUGCAAAAUGAAGGACAGGAAGACGCUGAAGAUCUUGAGGGGGGCGAAGACGACGAACAGGGCGUUGAUGUGGAAGACGAGUUCGAGGUGGAAAGGAAGGAUCCCUUUGAGCUCCUUAAUGAGAGCGAUGAGGACGAUGAAGAGCAGCAGGCAAUGUACAAGGAAUAUUUGGAGGUGGUCAGCGCUAUUGAUACUCAGAACGCUAUUAUAAAAGAGCUCAAGGCAAAAUCAACUCGAUUGAUGUUCAAGAAGUGCAAGACUUAUGAAGACAAGCAGGAAUUCAAACGACUUAGGGUCUGCCAGGAGCAGGAGGAGAUCCAUUUGAAGGUCUUAGUCAAUAGAGCCAUGUACCUCCAAAAUUUCGGUUCACCUAGGCGUUACAGGGAUGUAGAAAUGGAAGCUACAGAGGACGAGCAGAGAUUCUUCUUCACUGAAUUGCAGUCAACCUUCUCAGGCUCUUGUCCCAUAUAUUCGACUGACGAAUAUGAGUCAGAUUCUGAAUCCGAUGAUGCACUAUGUUGUACCUAGUCCAAAGCUGGGUUUUUUUUUAGGUAUAUUGACGGGACGAGUACAAAAGAGCUCAGGGGUUAAAAAAAAUGGCAGGGAGCGUGGCAAUACCCCACUAAUUCACUGCUCAUUAUCCGCACAUCUUCGGCUGUCAGCUCAUUAGGCAUUUCAUUCAAUUGGAGAAUUCAAUAAAGUACAACUAAUAAAAUAAAAUAAGUGAAACAACUGA